AUGUUGAUAAGGAAUUUGGAUCAAUCAGAAGGGCUUUGCAAUGGUACAAGGUUGACAGUUACUAAGUUAGCCAACUAUGUAAUACAAGCAAAGAUAAUUUUAGGUACAAAUAUCAAAAACAUUAUUUACAUACCACGAAUGUCUUUGUCUCCUUCUCAAUCUCCAUGGCCAUUUAAACUUAUCAGAAGACAAUUCCCAAUUAUAGUGUCAUUUACUAUGACAAUCAACAAAUCUCAAGGGCAAUCAUUAGAUUAUGUUCGUUUAUAUCUGCCCAAGAAUCUUUUCAGUCACGGACAACUCUAUGUUGCUAUUUCAAGAGUUAAGAGUAAAGCUGGAUUGAAAAUCUUAAUACAUGACAAAGACAACAACUCCUUAACUCAAACAACAAAUGUUGUCUUCAAAGAAGUUUUUCAUAACGUCAUCUAG